AUGUCACUGUUAGAGAUUUUAGAAAAGGCUCAAUCACUUGGUUUGAGUGGAGACCUCGCUCACGAGCUGAUUGAAAAACAGCAUCAGGCUGAGAGGGAAGAGCGCGCUGCCGAGCGAGAGGUAAAGAGAAUGGAAAUGGAAUAUGCCGAGGCUGAGAAGCGCCGAGCACAUGAGAUUGAACUCGCUAAAAUCCAGUCAGGUCCUAAUGGUAAUCAUAGCAACACUAAUGCUCAUAUGUUUGAAGGACUCAGACUGCCUACUUUUGCUGACGGUCAAGAUGACCUAGAUAGUUAUUUGCAGCGGUUUGAACGUCUGGCGGAAUUACACGGGUGGAAGGUUGAAGAUUACCAUGUUUACCUAGGUACUUGUUUACGGGGUCAGGCACUUAAGGUUUACGUAUCUUUGCCAGAUGACAUCGUUAGAGACUAUACUCGCUUAAAAGAGGCUUUGUUGAGGGCUUAUUCAGUUGACGCAGAUUCUUAUCGGCGUAAGUUUCGAGAGAGCAGAUGUAAAGAUAAGGAGACGUAUGUCCAGUUAGUAAUUAGAAUGGAGCAGUACCUCGAUAGAUGGAUAACUAUGAGUAAUGUUGAGAAGAAAUACGGUAGUUUGUUUGAUUUUCUGGUCAGGGAACAAUUAUUAAAUAAUUGCAGUUCCGAUCUCCGCGUAUUUCUGAAGGAGAAAGGCUGUGAAACUGCGGUGGAAAUGGCAGAAGCCGCUGAUAGGUACCGUAGUGCACAUUCAUAUCGAGUAAGUAAAUUUUCAAGGUCGGUGACUAAACAGUCUACAAAUAUUGAAAAUGAGAUUCAGUGUCAUGGAUGUGGGAAGUCGGGUCAUAUCAGGCCUAACUGCCCUAAUAACCCUAAGAACUUCAAAACUAAGAGUGAAUCCAAGGUUAAUUUUGUAUUUCAGUCCGAAAUCAAACCUCAGAAUUCAAUAAUUGACUCAAAUGGGAAGUUGUUUGAUAAGCCAGCAGAAAUAUUGCUCGACACGGGAUGUUCCUCCGUAAUUGUAAACGAAAAGUUGAUACCAUCUAGAUUCAAACUAGGUCCCGUAGUCAAAGUAUAUGAUUAUCUGGGCAUUCCAAAUUCAUUCCCUAAAGUAAGAUGCUUUAUUAAAAGUAAAUUUUUCACAGGGUGGAUCAGUGCGGUUGCAGCACCAAUCAAAUUUGCAGAUGUGCUGAUUGGACUCGUUCCAGGUGUGAAACUACCUGGGGAGCACGAUCCUCUUUCGCUCGCUUAUGACGGCAGUAAAGAGACCGCCACGGAUUCCAAUUGCUCGCAGCCUAACCCUACUCCACUCGCUGUUACCGAGGUAGGGGAUGUUCAGUCUGAGCGCGACAGAUCUCGUGACGCUAAAAUUCCUACGGUUGCUAUGGCUGUUAAAACUCGUUCAUCGGAGUCAAAAUCUAUAACAUUAGCUUGCCCUGAAUUCUUAGAUCUAAACAUAACUAAAAGUAAUCUAAAAGAGGAACAGCAAAACUGCCCAAGUCUAAAAACCAUAAGGGAGAAAGUUAAAAGCGGCGAAAACGUAAAUGUAAAAUCUAGAACGGUAAAAUAUGAGCUUGUCAACGAUCUCAUUUACAGGGUGUGUUUAAAAAGCAAACAUGAAUAUGAAAUUGGGAGUAAGCAACUGGUGAUUCCCGAGAAGUAUCGGAUUCACGUCCUGAAUCUCGCACACGAUUCCCUUACAGCUGGUCAUUUCUCGCAUAGAAAGACAAGUUAUAAAGUGUUUUCAAAGUUCUUUUGGCCCGGUGCAGGUGCCCAGAUUAAAAGGUACUGUCGAUCAUGUCCGACCUGUCAAAAGUUUUCAUCUAAAGGAAGUGUGAGAAGAGUACCGAUGAAAAACCUCCCCAUAAUUUCAGAGCCAUUCUCACGUGUAGCUAUAGACAUAGUGGGUCCUUUUACACCAGCUUCCGAGAGAGGAAAUAAGUAUAUUCUCACUCUAAUAGACUAUGCAACUAGGUACCCCGAAGCUGUUGCCUUACAAAAUAUUGACACGAUCACAGUGGCCGAGAGUUUAGUAGAAAUCUUCUCGCGAGUCGGUAUACCGAGGGAAAUCUUGUCAGAUCGUGGGUCUCAAUUCAAGUCGGAUCUAAUGGGUGAAAUCCAUAGAUUACUCUCUGUAAAAGCCUUGUACACGAGUCCCUACCAUGCUUCGUGUAACGGUGCAGUUGAAAGGCUAAAUGGGGUAUUAAAAUCCAUGAUUAAAAAGCUUUGUACCGAUCACCCGAGAGACUGGGAUCGCUUUAUACCUGCUGCCCUGUUUGCAUAUAGAGAGAUUCCUAAUGACAGUCUUAAGUUUUCACCUUUUGAAUUAUUGUAUGGCCGACAAGUACGCGGUCCUUUGACAAUCCUCCACGAGCUAUGGACGAACGACAGUAUUGACAGUGAGGUUAAAACUACGUACCAAUAUGUUUUAGAUCUUCGCUCGCGUUUGGAAGAAACUGCCAAAUUAGCGGCAGAGCAAGCGGAAAUAAGUAGUCGCAACUAUAAGACAUACUAUGACCUCAAAGCUAAAUCUCGUAAAUUAGACAUAGGCGAUGAUGUACUAGUGUUAUUGCCUUCUAGCAGUAACAAAUUAGUUAUGCAGUGGCUUGGUCCUUAUCCAGUUGUUGAAUGCAAAGGGAAUGGUGUUGAUUAUGUAAUUAGAAUUCGCGGAAAGAAUAGGUUAUUUCACAUAAAUAUGUUAAAGAAGUACUUUCGUCGUGAUGGUUUUAAAAGAAAAGGUGAAACUGUUCAAAUUUGUGUGGUUGAAGAUGAAGAUAAUUGUGGCAAUAACUGUGAACCUGUUUAUCUUGAAACUAAUAGUGAGUGCAAUAUCAACAUAGGCAGUGAAUUAUCUGAAAGUCAGAUUGAUGAUUUAAAGGUGAUAUUAAAUGAGUUCUCUGACGUAUUGACUGAUAAGCCUGGCUUGACUAACACUAUUGAACAUGUGAUUCGUGUGAACUCCGAUAAGCCUGUGCGCCAGAAACCGUACCCGAUUCCAAACAGUCUGUUGAAAGAAUUUAAUAAUGAAGUAGAUAAAAUGUUAGAAAUGAAUAUAAUUGAACCCUCAACCUCUCCAUAUUGUUCACCUGUUGUCAUGGUGAAGAAGAGUGAUGGAACUUGGAGAGUGUGCAUUGACUAUAGAUGCUUAAAUGAUGCUACGUGUGCCACCUUCAUUAGGCUCAUGAGAAAAGUGUUGUUUGGUCUUGCAAAUACUGACUGCUACUUUGAUAACAUUGUUGUACAUAAUGCUAACUGGUCUGAUCAUCUACAGGACUUGAAAAAUCUUCUGUUGAGACUACGUAUGCAUGAAGUGAUGCUUCCGAUCUUGGACUUGGAGCUGUAUUGUUGCAGGAUGUAA